UUCACAAGACAGACAGAAGUCAUGGCUAAAACAUAUAAGGCUGAUGACCGCAUGGUCAUUAAAAUCCGCUAUUUAAAAACUCCCAGUGAAGGUUCAAACCUGCCAGCAACAUUUAAUUGCGAGUUUGAAGAUUCUUACAAGGUGUUCCUCAAAGGGAACCCCAAAGGACUGGGGAUUGCUCAUAUUAUUUUUGGAUUGGUCAAUCUUUCCCUUGGAAUAUGCCUGUACCAACCACAUGCUAAAAUGGGAAUAUAUCCAACUGUGUUUUCUUGGCCAAGUGUCCUGUUUAUUCUGACCGGAGGUCUUGGCAUUCUGUCUACAUGUUCACCUAACAUUUGUGUGGUGAAGUCCUUCUACUUUACCAGUACUAUGAGCUUUCUUUGGGCUUCGGCGGGAAUGGUUAUCUAUUCAAUUUUGGCUACUGGUAGCCCAAAGGUGGAGGUAGAACAUAUGAUCAGUUCUGUCAGCAUUUUGUCGGCCGUUCUCCACGCCCUGGAGAUUGUUGUCAGCAUUGUCUCAGUGCAUUUUGCUGGGAGAGGAGUGUGUCGGGAUGACUUCAAUGUUCUGCCUGUGAUUUUCCUGGAGCAGAACUGCUGACUUGCAUCCCAGGGACUGACAUUAGGAAGACAUGGCCUGUCGCACACCUCAAAUAAACAUUUAUGGCUUUCAUGAGGCGCGGUGCUUGUCCCAAUGCUGGAUGACAUCACUUGGCUGCGCCUAAUGGCCCAUUUAUGAAGAAAAUGAUUUUAGGAUUGUAAGACAUGCCGGAAAUGUCAAACCUGACACAAAGCGAGCGGUUUGUGUUUGCGAGUGUGUUUUGUGUAAUUAUUAACUGUACAUAAUGCUACAAUUACACAGGUAUUCAAUGAAACUUUUCCCCAUUAUUACAUGUGAUUUUUAUAUUUUUGGACACUGAAUUAAAUAAUUAAAA